UAGCUAGGCUGCCUUUUUGCUGUCGGAAAUUAUAAAUUCGUUAUACAACAAGAUGCCGGACUAUCUGGGAGAUGAUCAGCGCAAAGUGAAACACGACGAGAAGGAGGAGAAGGAAAUAAAGUCGCUGGACGAGGGUGACAUCGAACUUCUGAAGACAUACGGCCAGAGUCAAUACCACAAGUCCAUAAAAAACAUCGAAGAAGACAUUCAAAAGGCUGUGAAGCAGGUCAAUGAGUUGACUGGCAUCAAGGAGAGCGACACAGGUCUGGCACCUCCUGCGCUCUGGGAUCUGGCUGCUGAUAAGCAAAUUCUGCAAAAUGAGCAACCGCUUCAGGUGGCACGUUGCACCAAAAUCAUCAACGCCGACUCGGAUGACCCGAAGUACAUUAUCAACGUGAAGCAGUUUGCGAAGUUCGUCGUGGACUUGGCCGAUUCGGUGGCCACAACCGAUAUUGAGGAAGGAAUGCGUGUGGGUGUCGAUCGCAACAAGUACCAGAUCCACAUACCGCUGCCGCCGAAAAUUGAUCCGACAGUUACGAUGAUGCAGGUGGAAGAUAAGCCGGAUGUGACCUACAGCGAUGUUGGCGGCUGCAAGGAGCAGAUCGAGAAGCUGCGGGAGGUUGUGGAAACUCCGCUGUUGCAUCCCGAGAAAUUUGUCAACUUGGGCAUUGAACCGCCCAAGGGCGUGUUGCUUUUUGGACCGCCUGGCACUGGCAAGACACUCUGUGCCCGAGCCGUUGCCAAUCGCACAGAUGCCUGUUUCAUCCGCGUCAUCGGGUCAGAGCUGGUGCAAAAGUAUGUCGGCGAGGGAGCGCGUAUGGUGCGCGAGCUGUUUGAGAUGGCACGCUCCAAGAAGGCUUGUCUCAUUUUCUUCGAUGAAAUCGAUGCGAUCGGCGGAGCCCGAUUCGAUGAUGGUGCUGGUGGUGAUAACGAGGUGCAGCGUACUAUGUUGGAGCUCAUUAAUCAGCUGGAUGGGUUCGAUCCUCGUGGUAAUAUCAAGGUUCUGAUGGCUACCAACAGACCCGACACUCUAGAUCCAGCGUUAAUGCGUCCCGGCCGUCUGGACCGUAAGGUGGAGUUCGGUCUGCCUGACCAGGAUGGACGCUCGCAUAUUUUCAAGAUUCACGCUCGCUCUAUGUCCGUGGAACGUGACAUUCGUUUUGAUCUUCUCGCUCGUCUCUGCCCCAACUCUACGGGCGCCGAGAUCCGCUCAGUGUGCACGGAAGCCGGCAUGUUUGCAAUUCGUGCGCGUCGCAAGGUGGCCACCGAAAAGGAUUUCCUCGAGGCCGUGAACAAGGUUAUCAAGAGCUACGCCAAGUUUAGCGCCACUCCCCGCUAUAUGACCUAUAAUUAAGACUAGUUUUAUUGGCACUAUUUUGUAUCCACUGAAGGAGAAACUGUAAUAGAUAAUAUAUCCUUCAACUGGCAAUUAAUUAAAUAAAACAAAAAUUUACCUCCGGAUGUUUCGCAAACGAUUA